AUGCCCCCCCACUACCUCCUCACCUCGAAAAUCGCUGCUAUUACUGGUGGAACUACAGGUAUUGGGCGCGCCAUAGCUCUCGAAUACAUCCGUCAAGGAGCAAACGUGGCAAUCAACCACCUCAACCUCCCCUCCGACGCCCACCACAAAGCGUCGCUGCUCGCAGAAGCUACUGAUAUCAAAAAGAAGGAUGACAAGGCAGGCAGACUGGUCGAGGUCGAGGGCGAUGUCACGAAGCCAGAGACGGGCAAGAAUCUUGUGGAGCGUGCGGUGAAGGAGUUUGGACGCUUGGAUAUUUUUGUGAACAAUGCUGGUGUUUGCCAGUUUGCGGAGUUUUUGGACCUCGACCAUGAUCUCUUCUCCUCCACAGUGCGCAUUAAUCUCGACGGUGCCUUCUACUCCUGCCAAGCAGCCGCCCGACAAAUGGCAGCCCAAGGCGACGGCGGCAGCAUCAUAGCCGUAUCUUCGAUAUCCGCUCUCGUGGGCGGUGGUAUGCAAACACACUACACGCCCACGAAAGCCGGCGUGCUCUCCCUGAUGCAGAGCAUGGCUGUAGCGUUGGGCAAAUACAAGAUCAGAUGCAACGCACUGCUGCCGGGAACCAUCAAGACGCAGCUUAACGACGAAGAUCUGAAUGAUGAUAAGAAGAGGGAAUACAUGGAGUCGCGCAUCCCUCUUGGUCGCACUGGUGAGCCGAGUGAUAUGGCAGGCCCGGCUGUGUUUUUGGCUUGUCAGGAGUUGAGCGGGUAUGUCAACGGUGCACAGUUGCUGGUUGAUGGCGGUUUGUUUGUCAAUUUACAAUAA